GCACACAAACAAAACUUUCCUGCCAUCCUGAGCAAUAUCGGCCUCUGCUGCGCCUUGGCAACCUGGAAUAUUGGAUUCCCUCACUAUUUCUGACAAAAAAGAUAAACAUAAAGCAUAUUUUGGCAGGAUGUACAGCUUCAUGGGAGGCGGGUUGUUCUGUGCCGGAGUUGGGAACAUACUCCUCAUUGUUUCUACAGCAACGGACUACUGGAUGCAGUACCGCCACUCCAGUAACUACAUGCACCAGGGCCUGUGGCGGUACUGUGUGCCUGGGAAAUGCAUGACGCACACAGACAGCAUCGCGUACUGGGAUGCCACCCGGGCCUUCAUGAUCCUCUCCCUGCUGGCUUGUUUCAUCGGCAUCGUGAUCGGCAUCAUGGCCUUCAUCCACUAUUCCUCCUUCGACGGGUUUGACAAGACGUUUGCCGCCGGGAUCCUGUUCUUCAUCUCCUGCUUCUUUGUGCUGCUGGCCAUGGCCGUCUACACGGGGGUGACGGUGAACUACUACGGGAAGCGCUAUGGCAGCUGGCGAUUCUCCUGGUCCUAUAUAAUGGGCUGGGUGGCAGUGGUGCUCACCUUCUUCUCAGGUAUCUUCUACAUGUGUGCCUACCGGAUGCACGAAUGCCCAAGAAACUCUAACUCGCGCUGAAAUGCUUUAGAUCUAAGCAGCACCGACACACGGCUGAGAUGAACCAACGUCGAUGUGAAUUUUUCCAACUUCCUGUGUAAAUCAUGAAAUCGAAGAAGCAAAAUAAACGAGAAAAAAAAGUCUCA